AAAGCUUUUCAUCUGUUCCCUUUCAUUUGUAUUUCCCUGGUCUCCCUUUGUUCUCUGUUUCUGUGUCUUUGUCUCAAUUUCAGAUUCUGUCCCUGUCUGAGCCUCAGUUUCUCUAUCUAUAAAAUGAGGGGUCUGGAUUAGAUGAUCUCCAGGUCUCUCUUUUCCGGAUCUACUAGCAAACAUUCUAGGACUCUGGGUGUGUGUGUCGCUAUCGGUCUCUUUUUAAUUCCUGUGUAUCUCUGUAGUGUCUCUCUCAGUCUCCCUCCUACUCUGAGUGGUGUGACUGGCCCUUUAUCCCCAGCCAGUUAGACUGGAAAGGCACCACAGCCCGCAGUUUCUGAGGCUAGGGCACCAAGCGUGAACCUCUCCAUCCCUCCUGUCCAACCGCUCAACUUUCCUUCUCCAAGGUCUCCGGAACCGAGCCAGGAGACACCCCAGAGCGGCCAGGUCCUCUCCCCAUCUGGCUCCAUCUGGGCUCUCCUCCACCUCUCCAGGAGUGAAGACUCUUAUUGCACUUAUACCACUGCCACCAUGACGGGCCUCCCAACCUUCCCUCCCCCAAAAGCAGAAGAACUGAUGUCCACUCCACUCCUACCAGCCACUGAAACCCUGACUCCUACAGCUGUUGCCAACACUGCAGUCAUUGCAGUUGUUAUCACAGUGGUCUUCAUCACCCUGCUCUCAGUCCUGAUCGUCAUCAUCAUUUACCUGUACAAGAACAAAGGCAGCUAUAUCACCUAUGAGCCCCCAGAAGGAGAAGCCAGCGCAACUCUGCAAAUGGAGAAUGACUCAGUCCAAGAGAAGAAGGAGGAGUAUUUCAUCUGAUGACUCCAAGGUUCCCAAAGAACACCUCUGGCCUCUAAGUGCAAGACUGAGUGCUUAAUUUAUUAGGUGAAAGACGCAUCUGAAGCCAGAGAGAGGUGGUGACAAUGGGCAAGUCUAUGCUUUCUCCAGGUCAGGAUCCAGGGACACUCUCGACCUGAGUGCCAGCAACAGAGACCAAGGGGACAAAGGGAAGUAAAGAAAGCAGAUUUUGAUGCCGUUAGCUAGACUUCUUUCAUGGAUCUUAAUGUCAUAGGCCAAAUGGUCUUUAUAACUAGACAGGGUAGGACUAACCCACUGGGCAUAUGGGCAUUUACCCAGUAAGUUCCUGUACUCUUAUCUGGUGAGGCAAUAGUGAUGGGAGUUGCCUGAACCCAUUCCAUACUCUGCCUCCUAGCUGCAUCACGUAACUCAUGAAGAAUCAUAAUCACUGGUCCCAAAAAAUUACUUGGCAUCCUGAUAACUAGUGCAGCCGCUUGGGGAGGGGCAUGGUGACUGGUGGUGAUGGUGGUAAUAAUCAACACAUUAACUGACUUCACCUGCUAGUAUCUGGGCCAUACGCUUUCCUCAAACCCCCUGCUUCCCAGCCCACUCUCUUAUUCUCAAUCCAAUCUUGUAUUUGUAACGUUUUUUUAUCAGAAUUAAAACUUUUCAUUACAUGAGA